UAUGAGCCGCACCGCCUACACUGUGGGAGCUUUGCUUCUCCUGUUGGGGACCCUGAUGCCGGCUGCAGAAGGAAAAAAGAAAGGGUCCCAAGGUGCCAUUCCCCCGCCAGACAAGGCUCAGCACAAUGACUCGGAGCAGACUCAGUCGCCCCAGCAGCCUGGCUCCAGGAACCGGGGGCGGGGCCAGGGGCGGGGCACUGCCAUGCCGGGGGAGGAGGUGCUGGAGUCCAGCCAAGAGGCCCUCCACGUGACCGAGCGCAAAUACCUAAAGCGAGACUGGUGCAAAACCCAGCCGCUUAAGCAAACCAUCCACGAGGAGGGCUGCAACAGCCGCACUAUCAUCAAUCGCUUCUGCUAUGGCCAGUGCAACUCCUUCUACAUCCCCAGGCACAUCCGGAAGGAGGAAGGCUCCUUUCAGUCCUGCUCCUUCUGCAAGCCCAAGAAAUUCACCAGCAUGAUGGUCACACUCAACUGCCCCGAACUACAGCCACCCACCAAGAAGAAGAGGGUCACACGUGUGAAGCAGUGUCGUUGCAUAUCCAUCGAUUUGGAUUAAGUCACACACUCAGCCUGUCCUAGGGAUGCAGCCCC